GCGGAACUACAGUAAGACGGAAACUGCAUCCGGUCGAGCUUCAGUAGUGAUGCACCGGAGGAUUAGUGACCUGCGCCGGUCAUUCUAAAUCACAAAUUUGUUGGAUCUGAGGAGGAAAAUCACACUGAAGUCUGAAUUAUGACGCUUUUUCAUUUCGGGAACUGUUUUGCCUUGGCCUAUUUCCCUUAUUUCAUCACUUACAAGUGUAGCGGAUUAUCGGAAUAUAAUGCAUUUUGGAGAUGUGUCCAAGCAGGUGCAACCUACCUCUUUGUACAGCUGUGCAAGAUGCUGUUUCUUGCCACAUUUUUCCCCACCUGGGAAGGAGGAGCUGGGAUGUAUGAUUUUGUUGGGGAGUUCAUGAAGGCUACGGUAGACAUGGCAGAUCUUCUAGGUCUUCAUCUGGUUAUGUCCAGAAAUGCUGGGAAGGGAGAAUAUAAGAUCAUGGUUGCAGCAAUGGGCUGGGCCACAGCAGAGCUCAUCAUGUCAAGAUGUAUACCUUUAUGGGUGGGAGCUCGAGGUAUAGAAUUUGACUGGAAAUACAUCCAAAUGAGUUUUGAUUCCAACAUAAGUCUGGUGCAUUAUAUUGCCAUGGCAGCAGUUGUAUGGAUGUUCACCCGAUACGACCUUCCAAAAAGCUUCCGUCUCCCUGUCACCAUCCUGCUGGGAUUGUGUGUUUAUAAGGGCUUUUUAAUGGAACUGUUUGUUCAUGUUUUCCUCCUGGGCAGUUGGACAGCUCUUCUAGUAAAGGCCGUGCUCACCGGUGCCAUUUCCCUCUGUUCACUCUUUCUUUUUGUAACACUCGUUCACAGCAACUAAAUGCUUUUUUGUACUGUACAAUGUCACCACACAGGGGACAUUUUCAAGUAUUUAAAGAGCGAAUCACUUUUGUAUCUGCCAUCAGAAGACUGUGAGUGUAUAAUUGUCAAUGAUGAGAUUGCAUUUAUACUUUACAAAUAAAUUAACUGUUAAUAAACAAACAUUUUCAACUUAAAGGUAUAGAAGCAUUUUGAAUCAUCCGAUGGUUUCAAGCAUCACUAAAAACUUUUCUUUGUGUGACUUAAAACUAAUAAAAGUAAUGACAUUAA